GACCAAUCACAAGUUGGUAUUGAAAACUUUGACACACUAAUUUUUUCUGACUGUGCCUCUGAGACACGAGGAAUGCAAAGGACGGACAGCGAAGUCACCACAUCUGGCUUUCCAAAUCAAAUGUCAAGGCCUGAGCUUGAUGAUUCCCAGACAUCACACACUGAUGAUCAGGAAGAAGCCAGUACCUCAAGUGAAAAUCUCAUUAGGCAUGCAGCUGCAUUUACCAUCAAUAUCCGGGAAAGAUGUCAGCUGUCCCAGAGGAGUACCAACAUCAUUGUCUCCAGAGUCCAGCGGUAUCAAGCUGUUCUUCUCAGUACCAUGAGGGACACCAUGAAGAGCAUCUUUGAAAGACAUUCAGACAGUAUGGAGCAGCUACGAGAGGAUGCUUUGGCCAAAUUAGACAAUUUUCAAGAUCCUUUUUCAGUGAUGGCUACCACAUACAUUCAGAACAACACCAUUCAGAGGCAUUUUAGCCCAGUUAAACCAGAGGAGGUAAUUAUGUGUCAGAAAAUUUGUAGAGUUAAAAAAGGGCAAUCACGAGUUCUUGCAAUCAGAAACAGAAGUUUUUAUUAUAUACCCCUUAUUAAGAGUCUUGAACAGUUGUUGUCAAAUUCCAGAAUUUUUAAUAUGAUCAACACCGCCCCACAGAACUGCCAGAAAGAUGGGUUUUUGUAUGACAUUGUUGAUGGGAGUCUUUUUAAAUCCCAUCCACUGUUUUCUGCAAAACCUUCAGCUUUGCAGAUAAUGCUUUAUGCUGAUGAGAUCGAGAUAUGCAAUCCCCUCGGGUCACAUGCUUCAGUAAAUAAAUUAUUAAUGUUUUAUUAUACUUUAGGAAACAUAGAUCCCAAGUUUAGGUCAAAGCUUGCUGCAAUCAGACUCCUUGCUAUAGCAAAAGCUGAUGAUAUUGAUAAGUGUGGUAUUGAUUUUAUAUUAAAAAGAAUUGAUGAAGACUUAAAGUUGCUAUAUAAUGGUGUUAAAAUCCAAACACAAAGUGGUGAAGUGGAUUUAUUUGGUGCCGUAGUUUCAGUUUGUGGUGACACUCUUGCACAACAUGAGCUUGCUGGUUUCAAGGAAGGAGUUGGUUUUGCGUACAGUAAGUGUAGGCACUGUGAAUGUACCUUUGAUGAAAUCUGCAAAUAUCAGCGAGGCUAUGAUGGGCACCUGUCUCGUGAAGACUUGCAGGAUCUUUUCCCAGGCCCAGAGAACUUUUUACGGUGA